AUGACGUCCCGCCCAGUUCAUCUACUCACUUCCCGUGCUUCGUCUGCGCAACGCAAACACUUUGGUAUAUUUAUCCCCUACACCAAACAUCAGCAAAAUGGCACCGUGAUCCAUGUUGUGGGCGCGCCUAUGGUCGGGUAUAAGCUCGAAUUCAAACGAAACUUCAGCCCAUCUACCGCCCAGCCGCCUCAUACGAACACGUUAAUUGGACACGUCGCUGUAGAUCUCGUUGCGGAUGAAGGCUCCGAUGUUGAUUCUGCUGGUUUGAAGCUUGAUUAUACGCCGAAGGGCGAGUUGGAGAAGAUAGCGAGCCAAGUGCCUCCGCCCCCUAUUAGUAAAAAUUUCAUGGCUCCUGUUGACGGUAUUGUUAACAGAAGGUGUCAAGAGUGGACGAUGGAUUUUAUUGAGAGGUUGGUUUCGCGGAAGUACAUCGAAGCGGAGGCACUGUGCAUUGCUCAAUCUCACCGCGAUCCUCCAGAGCACGGAGUCGGUUCCGGGGUGCAGGAUAGAUAA